AUGCAACGUUCAGAGAUCUCAGCACCUUCACCUUCUAAGAUCCAAUAUGAGGUAACUUCAGCACUCCCGACUUAUUCAAAAAGAAGAAGGUUAGUAUCUGAGGUUUGGAACGACUUCAAUAAGGUUGAGGUUGGUGGGAAGUUCCGGGCCAUAUGUAAACAUUGUUGCAAGGAUUUUUCAGGGUCAAGCAAAAGUGGGACAACACACUUGAAAAAUCACUUGUUAAGAUGUUCUGCUAUAAAAAGUGGAGAAUCAUGUAAAGAAAUGAUAUCUCCUAGCAAAACAGGUGAUUUUAAAAAUCCAACUGUCAUCGAUGGGAAUUCUGUGUUUGAUGAAGAAAGGAGCCGCUUGGAUGUGGUAAGAAUGAUUAUCAAGCAUGGCUAUCCAUUGAAUAUGGUUGAGCAUGAGUACUUCAAAGUUUUUGUGAAGAAUUUGCAACCAAUGUUCAAAUUUCAUUCACAAGACACUUUAAAGGCUGGCAUUCUUCAUGUCUAUAGAGAAGAAAAGGAGAAACUGUGCAAACACCUUGAUGGUCUGAAACUGAAGAAGAAGAUUCUUGCCGUAAAAAAUGUAGGAUACAAUUAUACAGGAGAAACUCUUUUUGGGAUGGUAAAAAGUCUACUUCUGGAGUGGAACAUUGACAAGAAAUUGUGCUCUAUAACUGUAGAAAGUUCUUCCUCAAAUGAUCAAAUGGUUAAGACCUUAGAAAGUUGGCUUGGUAAACAAGGUUACCAUCCUUUCAGGGGGAAAUUAUUUCACAUCCGUUGCAUUACACAUAUUAUAAAUCUCCUUGUUCAGGAUGGAUUGGAUGAGAUAGGUGAUAUUCUUCAUAAGAUAAGGAAAGCUAUCAAAUACAUCAAUGAAACAACAAUUGGGAAAGAAAAGUUUCAAGAGGUUGUAAAGAAACUGAAUUUACAAAGCAAGGACAUUACUUCUCAAGGUGUUCCUAUAAGGUGGGAUUCCACCUUUUUCAUGCUUGAGAGUGCAUUGGAGUUCAGGGAAGCAUUUUCUUACCUACAGAGUAGUGAUUGUGACUUCCCUGUAAAUUUAUCUAUGGAGGAAUGGGAUAAGGCAAAAGUCAUGCACAAAUGUUUGAUUGUUUUCUAUGAUGGCAUAUGCAGUUUUUUAGGAAGCAAAUGUCUAACUACAAAUGUGUAUUUUCGUAAGAUUUUUGAUAUUCAUCACAAUUUAAUUCAAUGGCAAAAAAGUGAGCAUACAUUUAUUCGCUCGGUUGCAAAGAAAAUGAGUGAGACAUUUGACAAGUACUUUGACUAUUGUACUUCUGUUUCGGCAAUUGCAGCAGUUUUUGACCCACGGACAAAAUUGGACUUUGUGCAUUACUCGUUCACAGAGUUAUAUGGUGGGCAUACUAAGAAAUACUUAUUGAUUGAUGAUGCUCUUGGUCAUAUUUUUGAUGAAUAUGCAAAAGGCCGUAGCAGUCAAGCAUCUACUUCAUAUGAUGAUAAUUAUUCUGAUAUACUAGAUAGGUGCUCGAUCGAUAUUUAG